UGAAGGUACAUUUCAGGUGAUAGCCCGUUUCUCUGCUUACUGCAUGCUCAACAGUUCACAAUCAAAUCAUUUCUAACCGUCGCUUCCUGUGCCACAUAUUUUACUCGGAGCUCCGCAAAGUAACUCCAACCGGCGACGCGAAUCUGAACAUUUUGUUACGAUACUGCUUCUCCGCCAGAGCUCGCUCAGAAGGAAAAGGAGUGAGAAAAUGGCUUUUAGUGUAUACAAUGAUUCCGAACAAGGCGCUGCCUUCACGCUCAUCAUCGUAACAUUGCCGAUAUGUAUACUGUCCACGAUUCUUCGCUUCACUAGCACGAGGCAUUCUGAGCGAAAGGUCGGUCUGGAGGAUUGGUUUGCAUUGCUGGCUCUGUUGUUUUACUUGGGCUAUGUUGGCUUGCUGACAAGUAUUCUCGUCCUGAUGAACGGCAGAAAUGUGUUUGAGCUCGGGGAACUCCCUCUUUCUACGGUGACGGCUAUCUUUAAGUUGGGAUAUGUGAUGAAUGAAAUGGAUCCCGGGAACCAGACCUUCGCCAAGCUGAGCCUGCUCGCCCUCUACUACCGCUUCUUCUCCUCGAGUCGGAAGUUUGCCUAUUGGGUCUACUUUGUCGGCACCGCUCAAGUCAUGUGGUACAUUUCCAUAUUCUGGGUUCGCUGGUUUGCAUGCCUACCAGUGUCUAGCACCUGGGACUUGACCGAGGCCGGUACUUGCAUUAACCAGAACGCCUUCUUUGCGUCAACCGAGUCGAUCAAUUCUGCUAUUGACUUCGUCAUGGUUGGUAUGGCGAUCUGGAUGGUCAAAUCCUUGAGGCUGUCGAUAAAGACCAAGUGGCAGUUGAGCUUUGUAUUCAUGUUGGGUGGCUUUUCUGGCGUUGUUGGCAUUAUCAAGAUAGCAGAAGCUUACGGGUCAAUUGGCAGCAACAUUGAGAACGCCAUCUGGAACGUUGUUCAACUGGCCUGCAGUAUCAUCUGCUGCUGUGCGCCAAUAUACAAGUCCAUGUUUUCCAAUAUGAGUUUGCUUAGGGGCUUUGGAUCUUCCUUCCGUUCAGGAAUGAACAGUUGGAAGUCCAGGAAAUCCUCGUCCGAGGGAAGCUCUCCGUUGUAGUAGAGCGAUACUGGCUCCAGCCUGGGACAAUAUCACCAUCCUCAGCAACAGCACUGGGGGCCUUUCGAGAAGAAGCAGAACUACCUUGGUUAUUAAAGUCAGUCAAUGCAAUGCGAACACCAUAUUCCGCAGAGUGGCGAGGUUGUAUGCUAUUUUUCCGGGGUAGGAAUACAUGACAUCUGUUUGUUGAUUAGUUUGCUGUCCUUGUUUGUCCGUUAUACGAGGGAACUAUUUAUGUAAUAAAGAUGGCCACAAUU